AAUAUUUUAGAAUUCAUCUAAAAACUAAUGAUAUCAUUCUCACUUCCUCCUUUUAUUAUGUUAUUUGUUGUGUGGAGAAAUGGACAAGGAGUAUGAUAUCAUGCUUCUUUUAUCCUCUCUUCACAUAAAAUCAAUAUCUCGAUUUCAUUGCAGAGUUAUAGGUUUAGUUUUGUUACGCGAAUGAUAAAGAAUAAUGAUUGUUUGCUUGGAUCCAACUAUUUUCAGCCAUGAAUGGUGUUGUAUUUUUGGGAUGAGCUCCUCUUUAAGCAAAUCAAACAAUUUUUCACCUUCUCUCUUCUGUGGAGAAGAUGGUGAGUCACACUUACAAGUAUAAAAUACAUGCUAUAGAAGGAUUCAUAAUAACCCUUGUACGCUUAACUGUGGCAUCUCAUUCUAGUUAGACAGAAUCAUAGGCAAAUUACUAAGAAUUAAGAAACAGGCAAGCAGAGUCUCUGUUCUAGUAAUUAAAGCUUAAAAUUUCCUUCUAGUAAUCGAAAGGUUUGGGAUAUUCCUAAUCGGAUUUGAUUUAAACCUCGUUGAUAUCAUAAUGAAUAGGCAAACAGGCAACAAUUAAAUUUUGUUUUAUUUAAAUUCUUAAUCUAGUAUUUUCUUUUUCCUAAAUUUAUUGAAAGCUUGACGAGUCCCAGAAUAUAGAAAAAGGGUGUUAUUUUUUUAUAUUCAACGUAAAAGUAAUAAAAUAUUACUAAUAUAUUUAGAUAGUUGUAAGAAGAUUUAAUUUUAGGUUUUUUUUAAUUCGAAAAUACUAAUCGGGUUAGUCUUUGAUUAGUAAAAAAGUGCCGUUAAUUGUACAAUUAUUCUAAUUCAUUGAAGUUAUGCCAUAUAGAAUUUAUGAAAAGCUGUUGCCAUCUAAUAUCUUAAGAAAAUAUUAUGAUAAUUACAAUUUGCAAAUAGAAGAAAACACUUAGAAUACGUAGACAGCACAAGAAUGGCACAUUCAAAGGAAGAAGCCAUCACAAGAAGAAACCAGUUUUUCUCCUAGUACCCAAAUUUCCACCUAACACAUAGGUUAAUAGUGGGGCCAAAACCUUAUAUCCAAUUGAAUGAUCUUAUUCAAUUCUUGACAACACAAGCCACCAAGUUUUCAACCAAUUUAUCCCCCUUUCCUUUUUUUUUUUUCUUUUGAACAAUAUAAUCCUUCAUUUAAAGAUUAGAUGCCUUUCUUCAAAAACAAAAUUUCAUAACUAAACAAACACACAUUAAAUAGAACAGCAGCCACCUUCCUAUCUAUUGGCGUGGACAUAGACAUCUCCACAUAUUCCAACAAGAAGUUUCAUUAUGCCAUCUUCCACAUCCUUCAACAUUUUCAUGGAGAAGAAGAAACGUAGGAGUAGCAAUGCUGCUGAUGAUUUAGCCACUGUAAAAGCAGCUGCAUGGGCAUGGUAUCAACACGGUUCUGGGUCCGAAGGGAAGCCGAUGCGCGAAUUUGAUGCGACAAAAGCCCAUUUUCAUCAUCAUCAUCGUCAUCAAACUUUUAAACCGUCAAGGUACAAGCUGGAAGCCAUGAAAAAGAUCGCAGAAUGUUCAGCACAACGCUCAUCCUCAUCGUCGCCGUCGUCCUCGUGGCAAAUGCAGAGUCCAGUCCAUACAGAAGACAAUUCUCUUCUCGAUGCAUAUGAAGUGGAGAGAAUCUCAAAUCAACUGGACUACCUUUUAGAGUCAAGUAGCAGCCGAUUGUACAGCAAGUACCUUGACAGGGAUAUUUAUGGCCAGAAAAGCAGUAACAGUACUAUUUCAUCAUCAUCAGAUAUUGAUUACAGCACUAGUAGUAUCAGGGCAAUGAAGAAGAAAAACAAGAAAUUCCUGAAAGGGAUAUGGAUGAGGCCUACGGUUGUUUGUGGAACAAGGGAUGACGUCGAUUCAAGAGCUUUUAAAGGGAGUCAGCCUCGGCCACCCCCGGUACCGGGAAGGCAUGUUCCGGUGGUUAGAAUGGCAAUUUGCCGUAGGCCACGGGCUGCCCAUGUCUAGCUAGUUGUGAAGACUCGAACAGGUAUAUUAGAUUUUUCCACCUAUUACAAUAUUUUCAACUGUACUAUUAGUUGUAGGAAUUUCCUUGUCCCUUCAUGGAUACUUGUAAAUUUCAUUGGACAUUAUUUUUUUAUUCA